AAACGUAUGGCGCUUAAUUCAGCGAUCUGUCAAUUUACCGGGAAAAACAACUUUGUCAAUUUAUACCAUUUUUCGCUGAAUGGUGCUUGAUACGAGACAUAACUACUCAUUUCGUAAUAAUGGAUACCAAUAUACCAGUUCUUUAUUCAAACUAUGGUAUCCUGCCGUUUUAUCCUACAACUGUGAACCAUGUAGAGCACCGUGCUGUCCAGGACUCAAUUUCAUAUCCUUGUCGCAAUGAUUUCCGAAAUGGAAAAGCAAGUAUGCAUUAUCAUAAACAGCAGGCGUUUGAUAAAAACGCUUUAAUAUGUCCUAAAUGCAAUAGUCAAUGUUUUAAAGAUAUGAAUUGGUGUUCUGGCUGUGGUGAGCUGCUAAUUGGAACAGCAGAAUGUCCACUAAAUGACGGAAAUUGUGAACAGAAUAAAAUAACUUUAAGCAGCGUGGUACAACAAGAUAAUGCACUGAAUACAAAUGAACUCUCUUCGAAUAUAUCUUCAGGUGUAUCUUCUUCUUUUCCAAUAUCAUACGAAAAUGAUAUGCAAUUUCCUAACGUAAUUGGUUAUGCAUGUCAUUCAUUACUAUCUACUACACCAGAAACUCGUUUCGAUGUUUCAUCUUAUGCAGAAUCGCCAGCACUUUCGUCAGAGAAUUCGAAGAAAAAACAUUUGGGAUGGAACAACUCUUUUUCAUCAACACAUACGAAUGGGAAGUAUCAUAUUAGCGAAACAAACACUCCUCAUCAUGUUCCUUUCGAGUAUUCUCACACGAAAUAUGACGUUUUUAGUAUGUUUCCGAACAUUUCUACAGAUCAGCUACGAUAUCAAUUCCAAAGGAAUGCGGAGUAUGUAAAUUGUGCUAGUGAUUGCAACAUCAAUACAGAUGCGUGUUCAAGAGAGAAUGGUUCGUUGCACUUCUCAGCAGUGAAUUCGGAAAAUUAUGGUGAUAACACUGAAUGUAAUCAGUUUUGUCAAUUUGAUAACUUUCCGGAAUAUCGUCAACGUCGCACUUCUGGUCCUAUCAAGCCAAAGAAGACAACUAAUACUCAAAAUAUGUGUCAUGCUAACAGUGUGCCUUCAAGUUACGGUUUGACUAGUCAUGCUUCACCUGUCAGAAUGUCAAAUAAUGCUUCUCAUAACAGUUGCACAUUUUCACAGACCCCGUGGUCCGAUGCUUCAGCAUCUGAAGUUGUAGCUAACCUCCUACGUGAGACACAAAUUUCACUUUCAGCUAAUAAUAGUAUUCCUUCUAAGCCAUCACCAUAUCAUUUAUGGCCAUUUCAAGAAAUGGGACCUAUGAGUCAAAGUCCUCCAAAGUCACACAGCAGUGUUCAGAAGCGAGGUGGGUUCUGUCGUCGUAAGCAUCCAUCUGAAUGCUCCAGAACGGAAAAUUCAACAUCUGUGCAAAAUCCAGGCAUGUACCGUGCUCGAAGCUUCAGUUCAGAUUUCGAAGACUCUAAUCAUACGGAUGUGAAUUCGGCUAAACUUCAACCUCGAACACAUUGGCAGUCUUCUAGAGGGGCUUGGUCUGCUCAAGAUCCUGCUGUGUUAAAAAAGAAACCUGCUGCAUAUUUACUUGCAUCAUAUAGUCAAGGAAAUGUUGCAUCUGAUCAACUUGAACCCCCCAAUACUGUUAUAAAACAAAGCAAUUCAAACAUUCAAUCGGAAAAAUCUCAAUGCCAGCCUAAUUCAUGUACAAAUACUAAUCAUCCAUUUAAUCAAAGAAGAGGAGAGUUGAACAAUGCCCUGAGAUCAUCUCUACACGGUCGUCCAGAAGGCAGUGGUGGUGACAAGUAUUCCAAGUCAAAUCGUUCCCAUCCUGUAAGAAGACGUAAUCGUGGUUAUAUAUCAAAGAGUUUAAGUAUCAGUACAGAUACUUCGUCAUCAGUAGCAGCAGCAGCAACAACAACAAAUCAUUCCAUUGCUAAUUUACCAAAAGAGGUAAUUGCAAGUAUUCUUCGCACUGAUGAUCCAAUAGAUAAAAUAGAAAGGGAAAAUAGCGUCUCAUCACCUAAUUGGUUACUCUUACCAGAUGAAUUAUGGCUUGAAGUACUCCGGUAUGGAACUCCAGUAGAUCGUGUUCGUGUUGCUCAAACCUGUCGUCAUUUAUUCCGACUUUCAAUGGAUCGUUCCUUGUGGCGUGUUAUUCACUUACAUCGACAGCAUAAUUUAACUGAUGCUGAUUUAGUAAGAAUUGGUAAUCUUAAACCCAGAGAACUACGGUUUACAUAUUGUCGUGGGGAUAGUUUAACUGCUUCUGGAUUGAAACGUAUGUUUCUUGUAUGUGGUCCAGGGUUGCAGAAACUCUCUCUAAUCGGUUGUACUAAAGGCCCAUUCGAUCAUGAUCUACCGUUACGAUUAGUUGCAGAUCAUUGUCAUAAUUUAAAGCAUGUCAAUGCAAGUUAUACACAAGCUGUACGUGAUCAAACUGUUAUCGCGCUGGCCAAAUCUGCUACACACUUGAUUAGUGUAAAGUUGAACGGUGCUCAACAAAUAAGUAAUGCUGCUAUACAACAAUUAGUACAUUAUCAUCAACGUACUCUUGAACGUUUGGAGUUAUUUGGCUGUUUCCGUUUAAAUUCAAGUAUUUUUUCUCUGCUGAGUCGUUGUCAAGAGUUGAGAGCACUAGCUUUCGGACAUCUACAUCAUUUAUCAUCAGAUGGUCUACUGGAACUUGUAAGCAAGUUACCUCAUCUGUCGUCUCUUGACUUACGCGGAACACAAACCUUCAGUGAUGAUGAUAAUCUUUCACAAUUAGCAGCAAAAUGUCCUCAUUUAGAAGAAGUUGUCCUAGCUAAUAUGCAUUCGUUAAAACGUGAAACAGGCAUAGCUCAAAUGCUACGUCUUCUGCCACGUUUACGUGUUUUAGACUUAUGCGGUCUAGCUGCUGUCGGUGAUUUAACUAUGGAAGUAUUGGCUACUAAUUGUCGUCAACUAGAAGAGUUGGAUGUCAGUUGCACGUCAGUUACUCAAAAAGGUUUAUUUCACCUAACAAAUGCACCAGCAGUUAGCUUAAAAUGUUUACGAAUUAGUCAUUGUAGAGAAAUAACAAAUGAUGUACUCGAACGACUGAUCAAAGCUUGUCCAAAAUUAACACUGCUCUACGCCUAUGGAUUUGUUUCAAUUGAUGAUUGGGGUUUCUUACAAAAAAUUCGGCCUACUCUAUUGGUUGAAAGUGGUAUUUAACUACUAGUGGUAAUUAUAAUAAUAAUAAUAAUAAUAAUAGUGAUAAUAAUAAUAAUAUUUAAGGCUUUUAAUGACACAGUUACACCGUCUCACUACUACUACUACUACUACUACUACUACUUACUACUACUACUACUACUACUACUACUUAUUUUAUUGUGUUAUUCUAAAAAUUGUUAUCAUCCUUUUCUUUUUGCACGCCUUUGCACUCUACCUUCCUACUAUUGCUACUACACUCUUUAAUUGUUGUUCAAUUUAAUCUGACAAUCUCAAAAUAAUAUUCAACUUUGUUUUGUUAACCGGGCAAUCAGUUAUAUAACUGUGUUAAACUGUUCAUCUCUCAAUUCCUGACAUAAUAUUAAUAAUAAUAAUAAUAAUAAUAAUAAUGGUAAUAAUA